AUGGCCGAUCCCGAUGUGGAGGAGACUAGGCCAGAUGGAUUCCGGGACUGUCUCCCACUCUCGGACAUGAUCCGAGCUCAGGGCAUCGACGAUCUCACCAGGUGUGUUGCUUUAUGACUUUGAAAUACGUUAUUCUAAUUUGGAUUGUCUUGAGUAAUGCAUAUUAUGUUAUGUUAGAUUAUUUUUGAAAUUUGGGUAUGUUAUGUUAGAUUACGUUAUGAUCAUUUAAUGCCCCAGUUAGUCAAAUCUGUUUUCUUACUUUAUUUCGUAACCAUACUACACUGUAGAACCCAAAAAUCAAACUAUAUUAUCCUCGGGACAAUGUAACUCCAAAAGGGCUUCCGUGUUCUUUAUAUUAUCCAUGUUUUGCGAUAUAUUAUCCAUGGCUUUUGAUAGAUUAUGCUUCAAAACUUUUCCCGGAAUAUGAUAUAAGCUGAAUGACACGGAUUACUGCGUAGUAAUGUUCGGUUUGGUCUAAUAUUAUAGUAGGUUUGGGCGGGAUGGUUAAGAAUAGAAGUCGAGGUUCCUCAUAAGCUGUGACAUCAUGAACAAUAGUAAUAUAUUAAUAGGCAUAGAUUGUAAUACCUUUUUUUAUUAAAGACGGUUUUUGAAAGGUUAAAAAGUUUGUAGAAAAAUUUAUUUUUAGAGGAUAAAAGGUCUUUUCGAUGUUUCUAUGAACUUUUUGACCUUAAAAUGGCUUUUUUUGCAUUGUGUGCUGUAACUUUUUAAUACAUACUGUAACUUCGUUGAACAUACUGUAAUUACCUUAACUAUACUGUAACUUUCAGUCGACUUACAGUGCAAGCUUUGUUCGGCCUAGUCUACCUGGUCUUGUUCGUGCUGGGCCUGGUUGGGAACGGUGGAGUGUUCCUGGCCGUGCUACAGAACAAACGACUACGGUCAGCACGGAACAUAUUUCUACUUAACCUCAUCCUAACGGACAUACUACUAUGCCUGACGGGGAUCCCAGUAACGCCGUGGUAUGCUUUGUCCAAGGAAUGGGUGUUCGGGUCUUUGAUGUGUAGGCUUAUGCCCUUAAGCAACUCCUGCUCAGUGUUUGUUACAAGGUAGGUCUACUUUACUAGCUUUAAUUUUAAAAUAUUUUUUUAAUUUUAUUGUUUUGUCUAAUAACUUUUCGACCGGUUAUUCUUUUUUAGUCAAAUUUUAUAAAAUUUUUCAAACCUAAAUUUAAAAAAUUUAAAAUUUGAUUGCUUUUUGUAUUAAACCUAAACAGUGAAACCCCUUUUGUCGAGUGUUGAUAGUGAUUGAACGGUCUUAGAUCCGUUUGCAGAUCCAAAGACUUGUUUACUUUGGCUUUGGACAUUAAUUCAAAGGCCAACUGACAUUCCGCCUGAGGCUAUAAAUUGUCUAAAACUUUGGUUUUUUGCAAAACGAAAGAAUUCCAACAUAAAUUCGCUUGUUUUCUUACACUUUUACAUCCAAAAAUGGCAUAGAAAGAUGACAUAUUACGCAAUCUAAACAUGAAUUAUGGCACAGUCGGGCUUUCUACUGUGGUAACUUAUAUAAGGAACAAUAUAAACAUUGAUUGAUUGAUAAAAGUGUACUUUUGGUCUAAAAAUGAAGAGAUAAGACUGAUUAGACACUACAUUUUAAACUUCUUUAUUCCACAAACUUUUGUAUCGUAUUUAACCACAAUAUUGUUGUAGUUGGUCACUAACAGCGAUAGCGAUAGACAAGUUCAUGCACAUCAUCGACCCGACUCGGGAACAGUUCAGUAUGAAGCUGGCGGGCAUGGUCACCGUACUCAUCUGGGCCAUCUCUACCUGCGCCAACAUACCGUAUCUGAUAUCGAGUCAACUGGUAGACGGGUCCCACUUUGUACCAGUCAACACGACCCCUUUCUGUGGCCAUUUCUGUGAAGAGACCAAUUGGAAAGGGGAAUAUCGACUCUUCUACGGGACUACUGUGAUGGUCUUUCAGGUAGGGUUACUGUAUUUUUAAAUGAUUUUUAGGUUGUUUGGAAUUAAAGAGGGUACUGUAACGUAACUUUUUUUAAAUAUAUUUUUAAAUAUUGUUUUAGGGUUUGAGUACUAUAGGGUUUGGUAGGUAAUACUAUUAAGUAUGAUAGUGUAAGGUUCAGUAUUUAAUACUUACUAAGUAUCUUAUGUUUCAGUUUGUAAUACCUUUGAGUAUCAUAAUGUACUGUUACUCGAGGAUCUUUGCCAAGGUACACAAGGACAUGAUCAUUCAGAAUGUGCAGUUCUGUCAAAGUUUAACCAAUUCACAGCGAGUAGAUGCAGAGAAAAGGUACAGUAAUCAUUUUUACGUUAAUGCAAUGAUUACUACGCUUUGUGUAAUAUUAAGUAUCAAAAGGGUCUUACUCUGAUUUUUUGUAACGUAAGGACUAAGAUAGUACAUCUGAAGUAUGUGUUUGCAUUGUAGUAUGUUAACAGCUUAUAUUUUAUAGUACCCUGCACUUUAUGUCGUUUUAAAGUACAGUGUUUACUAUAUAUUAUUGUUGUUUGUGUACUAUGUAUGAUGUUUUAAUGUUAAGUACGUUAAGAAAAGCAUGUCACCUUUGUACUGUUUAUGAAGUACUAUUUGAGCACUAUAGCAGUUUGAACACCCUGUAUUUCUUCAUAUAUUCCAAAGUAUUACUGUUUUGUGUACUUUACGAGUAAUGUUGUACUAUUUCAGGAAGAAACGAGUCAACUACAUCUUGAUAGCGAUGGUGGCUACGUUUAUUUUGUGCUGGUUUCCAAUUACCAUAGUCAACUUGGUUAAGGACUUUCGUAAGUGUAAACAGUAAACAAGCUUGCCAUUUACAUAUUUUGUUUUUACUUUACUGUCUCUUCCAACCUACUACAAUAUCAGUUUGUGGACAAUUGUUUUGUCAAAAUAAUAAAAAUAAAUAACAUAAAUGAUAAGAUUGAUAUUGUAGUAGAGAGUCAUCUUAAAAGCAUUAAAAUGAAAUGGUAACAGUUUGUAUGACUGAUAUCUAACCUGAUAAGCAACAUCAAUACCUAACAUAACCUUUUCAGAAGUAGAGCCCGCUUUCAUGACGGCCCAACCAUACCUCUGGCCACUGAUUGCUCACUCUGUAGCCAUGUCUAUCGUUGUCUGGAAUCCGUUGUUGUUCUUCUGGCUGACACGGAAGCAGAAGCGAUCACAUCUUGGUGGUAUCUUGCACACGAGUGAGAUCAUCACCUCCCUUACCUCCAGGAUGCACUCGCUACGGUCGACGGCCGGGGAUUCUGUCAGAUUCGGGUCUACAAGGUAAGUUAUUGUAUACUUGUGUCAUUUGUAUAGUUACGAUUAGGUAGCGCUGUUUAAUUGGUAAAAGGAUCUGUAGCAAGGUAUUUAUCCGACCAACUCUGAAAGAAUUAACUUUUAUUUAAAUUUUUGCGACAGAAUGCCAACGUUUUGCAAGAACGUUCUGCGGCCCCUUAAAGGACAUUUAUAGUAUGAAUAACUUUGUCUUUCGUAUCUUGACAGUGUUUGUAGUUGCGCUCAGACAUACGACGAUGUUUUUUGGUCAUAUUUUGCCAUUUGGAUCUUUUAUAAACAAAAGUAAUAUGAUAAGAUAAGGUACAAAGACAUACUUAUUAUCAUUGUCAAUGUAAGCAAUGUAAACAAAAGUAAAAUAGCAUUGCGUUUACAUACAUACUCUCAAUAGGAUGGCAUACUUAGAAUACUACUGAGUAAAAUACGAUUGAAAAAUAAACUUUGGUCAUAUAGUUGUACUGUUGUUGCCAUUCAGAUGUAUGUAACUAUGUAAAUGUAAUCCCAUGUCUACUGUGACAUCCUGUUGGUGGGCGUCGGAUUAUCUGGGUAUUGUAAUCUGGUGGUAUCUAUGUCAUGACAAGUAAUUACUCAGUGUUUAGGCGCUAAUACCUAAAAUCUUUUCAUGUAAAGAAAGUUCUCUCGGUCUGUUCAACUUCAAUAUGAAUUAAUUUACCAUUAAUGAUGUUAUUGUGACCAGGUAGAAGGUAGUGCUCACAAUGUAGUAUAAUAUAUAUAAAAAUCACUUAAAAUAUAAGAGUAUAUUACUGUAACACAAUAACAAUAUGUUUGCAGGAUACGACGACGAACGCCGAGUGAAAAAGGCUGUUCCAGGAACAAUUCAGUCCAGUCGAGGCCCUUGAUAGUCAGCCAGACUGAUAACGGGGCUACUCCAACUGCACUUCUAACCAAGGCCAGUUCCAUGGAGAACAACAUGUUGUAG